AUGCUGCCGUUCACCCCCCGCGAACCAAUACCAUCGGGAGACGAUAUCACAAGAGCCGAUGUCAACGUUCUUGAAAAGAUCAACGAGUUCUAUCACAGCGCCCAAAACGAUCCCGAAUACAAGCCGGAAAACUUCGAUUGUUGGCUCGACUGUUUGGAUCUGUACCAACGCCAGAAGGCGCGACACUACCUUACAGAGCUGCGGCAACACAUCCAGUCGCUUGUAGGCCCCUUUCCUAACAACGUUAACUCUGCGCAUCGGGAGCUAGAGCGAGCUGGAAAACGUUUGUGCGAGGAGCUCGACGACCUAGAUGAGCAAAAACCACAGGAACUAACAUGCGAACAAACCCGGGAGGCACAAAUCGGUCCGAGGCAACCAGCUCAGGAAUCUCAAGCUUCGAUCAACUCGACACCGAAUGAUGAUGGAGGCAGACAACCGGUAGGGGUGGCGGUCAUGGACAUGGACUCGGACAUGGACACCUCAGAUGACAUGGAGGAGGCAGCCGAUGAAACAGCGGAAGAUGCCUCGGAGGCCAUGCAGGAAGCCACGGAAGAGGUGGCUGAGGUAGUAGCACAUGUAGUCGAGGCUACAGUAGAGCUGGCAGCGGGAGCGGAACUCGUAACAUUCUUGGCUUUGGUCACCUCAGUGAUGGUCUUACCUCCCAUUGAGUUACUACGUGCGCUAAUGAUCGCCGUUGCGUUUCUAUGCUGCUUCUCGAAGUAA